UGCGUUGCGGGAGCCCCUGGCCCACCGGCUUUGGACCGUCGCUGCCCGCCGCCGUCUCCCCGGGGGUCAUCCGCACCUCGGCCCCCGCCGCACCUGGCCGCCGGCGGAGCGGGAGGUGGGCGGUACCGCCGAGUCGUCAGCGUGAAGAGUUGACACUGAAGCCGACCGAGGGAAAAGAGGGUGAACAUCUUCAGGAAGCAAACUGGUGACUCCAAAGGCAUGGAAGAGCAGGAACUGCCUUAUGUGCUAAUUGACUCUGUAGGAGGGAAUCAUGGAGUAUAUGAAGACCAUACUGAAUUUCUGGACAAACAUUUUCAUCUCAUCACCAUGAAAGAAUAUCUUGAAAACAAGAAUUUUCUCAGCAAGAAGAUCAGAGCUAUUUAUAUAUGGUAUCACAAACCAGUUAUUAACAAGGAGCUGCUCCAGAGCUUGCCUAACUUGAAGAUAGUUGCAAGCUCUGGAGCAGGCAUAGAUCACUUGGACCUGAACCUCCUCUCCAGCUAUGGUAUAAAAGUGUCCAACACUCCAUCUGCUGUUUCCACUGACACUGCAGACAUGGGGAUGGCUUUGAUGCUGGCAUCUUCCAGGAGACUUGUUGAAGGCUAUCAGAUGGCUGUCUCCCCUGAGACGGAGUUUUUCCCUGCUAACUGGCUGGGGGAUGAGGUUUCUAAGAGGAUCCUGGGGAUCGUGGGAAUGGGCACCAUUGGCUACAAGAUAGCUCAGAGAGCCAGAGCCUUUGAAAUGAAGAUUCUGUACCACAACAGGAAUCGGAGAAACAAGGAAGAAGAAAACGCUGUUGAAGCUGUUUACUGUAAGAAGAUAGAUGAUUUGCUCCAGCAGUCAGAUUUUGUGUUGCUUUCUCUGAACCUGACUCCACAGACACACAAACUGAUUGGGAAGAGGGAGCUGGGACUGAUGAAACCCACAGCUACUCUCAUCAAUAUCAGCAGAGGUCUGGUUGUGGAUCAGGAUGCUUUGGUGGAAGCCCUUCAAAACAAAGUUAUUAAGGCAGCUGCUCUGGAUGUGACAUAUCCUGAACCUUUGCCAAGAGAUCACCCUUUGUUAAAGAUGAAGAACGUUAUAAUAACUCCUCACAUUGGAAGUGCUACCAAAAAGGCACGCCGCCUCAUGAUGGAGAACAUGAUAGAAAGCAUACAAGCAGGCCUUGCGGGUCUUCCUAUCCCUAAUGAAGUAUUACUGUAAAGUGGCCUGUAUUUAAUGAUGAUGUCAUUAGUGGGGUUUUUAUUAGUUAGUGCUGAAACAGUAAUUUGGUCACCAUUCAUGUAAUUAACCCAUGUGUGUUAUACAAAUAAAAUGUAUAAUGCAUGAGUUUAGUUUAGUUGAAUUAGCCAAAGCGAUUCUGUAUGCAAACCCGCAGUGUUUUGUCACAAACUUCAGUGAAAAACUCAGCCAUCCAUA